AUGCAUUAUUUUGGCAGAAAAAAAGUUCGGAAGUCACCUUCUUCUGCCAAAGUUGAAGAUAUGAACGUAGAAGACCAUGUGACACCUGUCAAAAUACAGGAUAUUUUGACCGGUCAAGUUAAGGCUGUCAUGGUACGGUCGAAUACCUUGGAGAGUCCGCUUGAAAGUGACCAUGGGGACGAAACAACAAAUACUUUACCGGAUAAAAUGAGUUGUUUAGAGAAACCACUCAAGCUUGAGUAUAAGCCUAUUGUGAAAGCUUUCCAGCAUCAAUUUGUGGAUUUGACGUCGUGGAAGAAAAGAAUGAAUUCUAAAAAGACCCCUGAUGUGGUCACAUGGUCAGAGAUGCAAAAGCACACAACGCCUAACAACUGUUGGGUUGUUCUGCAUGGACAAGUGUACGAUAUUACGGACUAUCUUCAAUUUCACCCUGGAGGAAGUGAAAUUUUAAAGAAUUGUGGGGGAUUGGAUAUCACCGCAUCUUUUCUUAAAUAUCAUCCAUGGGUUAAUGGAGCUAUGAUACUUCAAAAUAAGUAUAUAGGUCCGAUUGAAACGAGUGGAACAGGUCCAUCACAACUGGACACAUUCGUGUGA